AUGCCACAUACGAAAGUCGACCCCGCCAUUGUUGAGGCACUGGGGCUGGACCCCGCCAACUCGGCUAUCAACUCUCAUGGUGGAUCGGGCUUUGCUUCGACGUUCAAGAUAACGUCUGAGAAGGACGGGAAGCCUCUGAAUUACUUUGUAAAGACUGGGGCAGGGAAGGAAGCUGAGGUCAUGUUUAGGGGUGAACAUGCCUCCCUUAACGCCAUAGCAGACUCAGUUCCCAACUUCUGUCCAAGAUCUCAUGCCCACGGAGCCCUCACAGGCCGCCCAGGUCAAUACUUCCUCUCUACUGACUUUCUCGAUCUGGGGUCAUCAGCACCUGGUGGUUCAGGCAAGACUCUAGCUUCAAAGGUUGCGCAGCUACACACAACACCAGCUCCCAUCCCGGAAGGCUACGACAAACCCAUGUUUGGAUUCCCAGUACCUACAUGCUGCGGUGCUACAGAGCAAGAUAACUCAUGGCGAGAGUCGUGGGCCGACUUUUACGCUAAUAACCGUCUGAGACACAUCGCGCGUCAGGCAGUUCGCAACAAUGGUGCUGAUCCAGAACUCGAAGAAGUUGUUGAGACAGUUGCUAGCAAGGUAGUUCCACGGCUCAUUGGGGAUGAUGUUGUAAAGAACAUCAAACCUGUCGUUAUCCAUGGUGAUUUAUGGAGCGGAAACCAUUCCAAAGGGCAAAUCGCAGGCCAAGGCGGAUGCGAAGAAGUUGUCUACGAUCCCUCAGCUGUAUAUGGCCACUCUGAGUUUGAGCUCGGUAUCAUGAACAUGUUUGGAGGCUUCACCAAUCACUUCUGGAAAGAGUACCAUGAACUGGUGCCCAAGGCAGAGCCAGUGGCCGAGUGGCCCGACAGAGUGAAGCUGUACGAACUAUACCAUCACCUCAACCACUAUGCCAUGUUCGGCGGUGGCUACCGAGGAGGCGCCAUGUCCAUCAUGAGGAAACUCAUCAACAAGUACGCAUAG